UUAGCCGUGGACAGCGUCUGCCUAGGACAAAUGAGUGAAAAUUAGGCCGACGGAUAGGUUGAUAGGGAUGAAAACGUAGGAGCUGGUGAAUGGCCAGUGAAAUUGUAAAAUUUGUAUCUGAAACCUUUUGAGGAAGUACCCUAGGCGAACUUUUUCACCAUGACAUCAACUACAGAAGAAAAUGAUAAAGAGAAGCUCCGGUCUGUGUCAGUGGACCUGAACCAUGAUUCCUCCCUUCUCAUUGACAUUCCGGAUGCUCUCUGUGAACGAGAUAAGGUCAAGUUCACUGUCCACACCAAGACCACGCUCAGUUCCUUUCAGAAGCCGGAUUUCUCUGUGUCGCGCCAGCAUGAGGACUUCAUAUGGCUUCAUGACACAUUGGUUGAGACAGAGGAUUAUGCUGGUCUCAUUAUCCCUCCUGCGCCCCCAAAGCCAGACUUUGAGAGUCCAAGAGAGAAGAUGCAUAAGCUGGGGGAGGGGGAGGCCACUAUGACCAAGGAGGAGUACACAAAGAUGAAACAGGAGCUUGAGGCAGAGUACCUUGCUGUGUUUAAGAAGACCGUUCAGGUGCAUGAAGUCUUCCUGCAGAGGCUUUCCUCCCACCCAGUCUUCAGCAAGGACAGAAACUUCCAGAUCUUCCUGGAGUACGACCAGGAUCUCAGUGUGAGGAGAAAAAAUGCCAAGGAAAUGUUUGGUGGUUUCUUCAAGAACAUGGUGAAGACUGCCGAUGAAGUCAUCAUAUCAGGGAUUAAGGAAGUUGACGAGUUCUUUGAGCAGGAGAAAACUUUCCUGCUUGAUUAUUAUAGCAAGAUCAAGGACGCCACUGCCAAGGCGGAAAAAAUGACACGCUCUCAUAAAAAUGUUGCUGACGACUACAUUCACGUCUCUGCGACUUUGAACAGCAUGUGCGCAGAAGACAACACCCCUCUGAAAAAGCAUCUGGAGAAGUUUUCGGACCUGUUGGAGAAGCUAAGGAAAGUGGAGGGUAGAGUUGCGUCGGACCAGGAGCUGAAGCUCACCGAGCUGCUGAGGUAUUAUCUGAGGGACAUCCAGGCUGCCAAGGACCUGUUGUACAGACGUGCGCGAGCCCUGGCCGACUAUGAGAACUCCAACAAGGCCCUGGACAAGGCGCGGCUGAAAGGCAAAGACAUCGCCCAGGCCGAGGAGCACCAGCAGCAGUGCCUGAAGAAGUUUGACAAGCUCUCGGAAUCGUGCAAAAAAGAGCUGACGAGCUUCAAGGGCAGGAGGGUGGUGGCCUUCCGGAAGAACCUGAUUGAGAUGGCCGAGCUGGAGAUAAAGCACGCCAAGAAUAGCGUGUCUCUUCUUCAGGGCUGCAUUGACAUGCUCAACAGCAACUGAUCAUUGGGCUUUGGUCACCUAACUUGACCAACCUUGUUUAGAAGGGAACCUGGACCAUUUUUUGCCCUGAAAGGGUUAAAAAAGAAACCACUUUGGCGACCUGCACAAGAGCAGCCGACGUGGCUGCCUGGUUGUUUACAGACCUACUUUCCCCUCCUAUGCCCCCCCUCCCCCCUCCAUUUCGUCUGACUUGUUUGGGGCAUCUCUCUGUGCACGAUUGUGCAUGGGAUUGAAAAUGACCUUAGAGAACCUGAUAGCAACUAUUUUCCUUUUCCUUCUUUCAGUUGCGUAAUGAAUGCCCUCAAUUAAUCAAAUGCCUUAAUUUGUUGGCAUGUUUAUGCAUUUUAUGUGUGUGGGAUGUUUUUUUUUUUGUUGUUGUUUUUUUUUUUUGUCUAAAACCUCUUGCUUAUCUAAGCUUGCACAGUGCGAGUCUUAAGAGUUUGCAGAGACAACCUGCCAAACAAUUCACCGUGAGCACUUCGCUGCAGACCACUGAACGUGAACAAGUCUGAAGUUGUUUUUUAAUGCAGUGCAUUUGCUGUUUUUCAUGCCUUUUCCUGGGUAAAGUGUUAUCGAGAGACAGCUGGUCAGCCGCUGCUGUUUCAAAGAAUAUAAUACGCCUGAAGAAGUAAAACAGUCGUUUUAUAACUGUAACAGCACUAUUGUAGAAGGGGUGAGAAGGGAUGCUCUGACAUUCGUGCCUAAGAAUAAGGUUUUCUUUUCCUCUCUGUUAGAGUGUGAUUGCAGCUGCGUUAGGCCUAACCAUGCUAAAAAUGAUCGUUGAAACCCAUCCAUCACACACAAACAGAAGAUCUGGAAUUCUAUAUCACCACAGGAAUGCUGAGCUGGAAUUAUGGUCUCAGUCCUUCUCGUUGCCUCCUCAAGUGUGAGGCGAAGUCCCUCCCUUUCUCACUAGUCCACGGCUAUUCCUGAGAUCUCGCUGUAGUUUUUGUCCCAGAGGCAGUGGCCUGCUAAAAGCAUCUCUCUCAUUCAGGAAGAUGAUUGGCCCCAGUCAGCCACAGAUGGUUUUCCAGUGUGUGCGUGUGUGUGUGCGUGUGUGUGUGUGGAAUCAUGCAGAGUCAGCCCCCUCCUCCCUCUCCCCCCUCUCUGUUUUCCGUCCUACUACCCCAGUCUCGGCACACAGGCAUAAAAAAAGUAAGCCAGCCAUGCUUUCACAAGUCCAGCAGAGAACACGCUCUUUUUCAGCUGCCCUGUGCUUCUAACAACAUGGGUUGGUCAACCAUGGCAGGUGCCUGUGUACUCUUAAAAAAGUGAAGACGGUGAUGACUGUGUGACCUCUGAACCCAACCCUUACACGCACUUACAUGCUUUUUAUACACCUACUAAUUAUGUUCUGCUAGCCCCUUGUGGUAUAAUGUGUUUACCCUUUUGCUUGUCAUUGUAACGCUAUACUUACUUUUAGUCUGGUAAAAAGAAAGUUAAGAUUUAAGCUUUUUGCUUUGUUUUAUUUGUAUUGUUACUGAUGCAAACAUUGGUCUUGCAGAAGACUAAUGGCUUGAAUAUGUCAAUAGAGGACCAAAAGAGUUUAUAUUGUGAUAUGAUAGAAGAUUUUUGGAGGACAAAAAAAGCAAUUUAUACACAUACCACUGAAGCAAUAAUGCAAUCAUGGCCAGGUCUAGUAGCUGAAAAAAAAAAGAUUUUUGAUAAUUGAAUGUAUUUGUAAUGGAAUGCAAAUAUCUUUUCACAUGGGCUUCUCCCUUUUCUAAGAGAAACCCAGCGAAAAUUGCAAUAAUUACAUUAAAAGAUUCCUACUGCCUCA